AUGGCAUUGAACCUAGAGGAGCAGGAGAGUCAGAUCGUGGCUCCGCUACAUUCUCCCCCCCCAGAGCAAAUGUAUCUGGACGAGGCAUUUCCGGGCGGUGCAGAUGGCUAUCAUAAUGGAGGCGGUGAACAAGACUUCGAUUCUGAUGACGAACAAAUAGAUGACACUGAUGCUGAGGCGGAUGAAAUGGAUUUGGAUCCACAACCAAUUCCCCAGCAAGACAGCAAUGAAUCUUCCGUCAACGAAACUCAAUUUGUAGACAUUGAGAAAGAUACUCAAGCAACACGUCAUCAAGAGGAGUCUGUUGAAAAGGAUACGCAAAAUGCCGAUUUUAGUUAUCGAUCCUUUGUUGAAGAGACACAAUAUGUAGGUAUUGAGAUAGAUACACAAGCUACAGAAGAUACCCCUCGUUUUCCAGGUUCAGAUCCAUCAUUUCAGAGACAAGAUAUCCUUGAAAAUGAUAAACCAUCCACUAAAGCCAUCCAUCAUACCGAUAUGUCGCCACCCAAAUUCAUAUUAAAACCCAAAAUCCCAGAAGAAGCUCCUUUCAAAUUUGGUAUUCCAGCACAUACGAGAAGGAAUCGGGUGCCGACAGUUCAGAAUCUAUCCACAUCAAAGGUUGCAUCUCAACCGGAGACAACCUUAUUACCCGGAGCCACUCUCAUGCCCGAUUCUCGCAGCGAACCUUCAACACAAAUCUUACAGUCUACACAAAAGGCACUUUUUAGAGAUCAUGAAACUGCUGUUACUCAUUCUGUUUCCGAUAAAUGUGCUGCUGUACCUGUCAUGUCAGUUAUUGAGAAGGAAGCAAUCCGUCCUGCUGAAAACAUGGAGUUGGUCGAGCAGGUAUCCGAUGGCCGCAAUUUACCCUUACUAAGUUCGGUUUGCCCUCCGAGAGACACCCUUUCCACGACGUGCAACAGUUCUAGACACCCACAAAUGCCUCAUCAUGCUAGCUCAUCUGCAAAGACUCAGGUGCCAGAGAGAGAAGCUAUCCAGAACAAUUCGGCAACUUUUCCACUUCAAAUAACUACUAAAUGUUCCGCGGAUCCAUCGCUCCAGACGAAAGAAGGUAUGGCAGCCCCUGAUAAUAUCUUCUCGCAGUCUGCAAGUGGCAUUGGUUCAUCAAAGGAUGAGAACACUUUCGAUAAACCAAAUAAAUUGUCGGUACUAGGAACUUCUCACAAUCAUCAAUCUAAACCAGCCCGGCCACCUUUAACUCUGCAAAACACUGUUACGCCGCCACAUGCUUCACAACGUCCCAAGAUGAGACAAAAGUCAUCAAAUCACAGAUUGAAUCGUGUCAGUGUGAAGACCAAAUUCAAUGUUCACAACAUGAUCAAGAAAGCUCCAUUUCCAGAAGCAUCUUCGGAUGAACCAAAAUUGCAAGUAAAUCGGAAUGUGGCAAUUAAUACUCAAGUACCAGCGCUACAAUCGAGGACACAACCGCAACAUUCAGAAUCUCGAUCAACCGAAGAAGAAUGGCCAACUCGGAUUGAAGCAGCUGCGGAAUCAGAGUCCAGGAGAUUACCUGUCAGCAUCAAUCCGGUGCAAAGCGCUCAGCGAGGAUCGACAAUCCAGCCAAUUAGAAGUGAUAUAUCAGUUUCGCACUCUCGGGUUCAAGAAUCCAAUGCUACUAUGGGAGAUCCGACUAUGAAGUCUGCGCUAUAUGAGGAGAAUCAGCCACUAGAAGACUUUAGACGACCUCAUCAGUCUAUUCCAAUCUCCGAAUUCCAACCAAGCCAUUCUGUUGCACAUACUGGCUAUCAUGCGUCAAUGCAUCCACAGCCUUCCCGCUCCGUGUCACAAGCAAACAUAUCUCGACCUCACUCACGACAAGAUUCAUCUCGACCCCAGGCGACGACGGGAAAUCAGGCCGGACAUCAGAUUCAGCGAAGAGUCAUGAAUAGACCAGUUAAAUCACUUGAUCUUGAACCUCAAGGUAUAUCUGAGGUGUCACCCAGCCAUAUUGGUCGGACCAAAGUCGCUAAAUCAACAGUUGUGAUAUCUCAAGAUCAAAGUUAUCAAAUUGGAGACCAUAUCAGCAGCCGACCAGAGAAACCUGCACUAGAUUUUGAUUCUCUGUAUCACGUUGUUAUGGAGUGCCAAAGACAACAGGGAAUUAUCCAAAGUCAGGUGAACUCUAUUUCUGAUCUCAAUACCAAGCUGCAAGAUGCUGAAGCCCAAUUGCGAGACACACGUGUAAUCAAUGAAAAAUUGGAGGCGAAGAAGGAUGAAUUGUCAAAGAGAGUCGAGAGAUUAAAUGAUCUAUCCAAUAGAUACAGACAACAUAUCAAUGAAGUUGUCAUUUGCCAGAAGUCCCUCAGACAAGAUUCACAAGAGAUGAAGAAAUCGAUGGGAAAUUUAAAAUUGGUUUCCACAGAAGAAUCUGAGGAAAUAAAAGCUCAGAUUAGCAGGAUCACGGAGCUAUCGGAGCAAAUCAAGCAAAUUCGAAGAGACAAAACCCAACAGGAGAAGUUGAUGGAUGCCGAGUUCAAAGCUUUGGGUGAAAAGAUUGUUGAACUUCAGCGUGAAAAUGAUCGUCUCAAGGCUGUCAAUGAUUCAAAUAUGGUGGAGGUUCGAAAAGACAAAACUCAACAGGACUUGAAUGCCAAAUUCAAAGCUUUGGGUGAAAAGAUUGUUGAACUUCAGCGUGAAAAUGCUCGUCUCAAGGCUCUUGAUGAUUCAAAUAUGGUGGAACUCCAACAAGAACGUUUACGCAUCGAGGAACUUCAAAAACAAAUCAGUCAUAGUGACCUUGGUCGUCACAAAGAAUUGAUGGAGAUUCUCCAAAAGCCUCAAGUCGACACCCUUGGAGAACUUACUAAAGAGGAUGGGAUACUUACCAAAGUUUUGAGUUCCAGUGAAGGAGUUCAAGGGAAGUUUAACGAAAUUUCGAAGACGAUUACAAGUUCUCUAAAUCAGUCAUCGGAGUGGCAACAAACUCUGAUUAAAAUUCUCGAAGACUUUUACACUCGAAUUCAGACGAAGCUUGAAGACAAUGGCAGUAAGGACACCAAUUUCCAGGAGUCGACCGUCAAGCUCUUUGAUGAUCUUAGAGAAUAUCUUGAUCAAAUCAAUGGUGAUCUGAAUGAAAAUAUCAAACUCAGUGAGCAGCUCAAUGUGCUCCGAGAUAGCAAUGCUAGUUUGAAAGCAAAUUUGAACUCUAAGGACGCAGUUUUGGAGCACCAUAUCGCCCGGAUGUAUGAGUUAACCCGAGAGCUCGCAGACGUUCGUUUACAGUUAAUAAAUAAAGCUGAGCAGCUGGAAAUCUCAAAUGCGCAACCAAGAGAGGAUCCAGAACUCAAGAAGAAGGUCGAUGACUUGGUCACGGAGACAUCCAGAUUACAAAAACUACUCCUCACUGCAAACGAUGAUAAGAGUCAAGCUGAGAAUAAUGUUCAAAUUCACCAUGCAACAAUUACUUCUACUCGAAAUCAAUUACGCGAAACAGAGGAUAAAUUGCGAAACGCCAAUUCUACUAUUGAAAAAAUGGAAGGAAAUAAUCAAAAGCUCCAAAUUGAGUGUAGAUCAGCCAUGGAGAUGGUUCGGCAGGAAACUACGCAGCUCGCCUUGUGUCAAAGAAAGGAUCUAGUCGCCCAACAUGACUCCUUAGUCAAUGAUCUUACGCAUAAGCAAACGGAAACCGAGAAAAAGCUACAUGUAGCGAUUGAAAAAUCAAAGAAAUCUCAAUGGGCCAUUGAUGAGCAUGCGAAGACGAUCAACAGACUUAAGUCAGAGAUGACUACUUACAAAGACCAGGUAUUACAGCAAAAGCUUCAACUUCAAAGCUUGGAAGAAAGUUCCAUUUCCGCUCCCCAACUUCAAAAAUAUAAACAGGAACACAAACAAGAGAUAUUAUCAAUUCGCAAAGAGCAAGAAAAUCAACGUGCAUCGUCAAACGCUUGUCGAGACGAGUGUCUUAGGAUUAAAGGUGAAAUCGAGGGUGCUAAGAAACGCCUUCGUGAUAUGAAUGAAACAAAUGAGCUUCUGAUGACAGAGAAUGAUCGGUUACGAAAGCUUUUAGAGGAUACCAGCACAGUGACUGAGGAGGUUUUUGGCGUUCCCAGCCGUGUUGAUGAUGCUCGGCCAUCUUCACGUAGGCCUGCUGAGCGAAAAUCUAACAAUUUCCACAAUCAAGCCCACGAUAAACUCGUAGGAGGGAACCAUUCGGAAUUCAAGAAUGAUGCAGUACUUGCAUCUUCUUCAUCGCGAACCAUGUCAUCUACUUCACAGACCUCAUCUUCACGAGCGUAUGGCGACAACAGCGGCAGAAAUUGGACUCCGAUCAAACCCUCCACCAACACCGCUUCUCUGGAGACAAGUCCUCUCACCGAUUUGGAAGAUAUCAUGCCAAAUGUGGAAUCCGCGCAUAGUCGUGAGGAACUGCAGCGAGUAUACAACAAGAAUCGCCUAGUAUCGAAUGAUAAGAUUGCACAAGUGGAUAGCGUUCGAUCCAAGUACUAUCCUCGUGGAGAACAGACCAUUGGCACUCCGAAGUCCAAGGUUAACAAAGUUGUGAUUGCUGUUGAGGAAGAAUCAAUUAAUACACCAAGUCAAGCACCCGGGCCCAUCCCCUCCCUUGCAGAAGAAAAUAUUCAACGCCGAAUGAACAAGCCAACCAAAUCCGCUUUGAAGAAGACUGAUCAUCAGGACUCUUUUGUUAUUCCAGAUGGCCCACAAGGUCAAGCUUACAAUCCAAUUUUUAAAAAACCAGCGCCAAGAAACAAUCGUGGGCUCGACACUGGCCUUCAUGCAACUCGGGGGACUGGCGCGAGCAGUUACAAUCGCAUCGCAAGUUCAACUCCAAAGAUUUCUAACUCGAGAGUACCAGAGCCUCGGUAUGAGCCAACACCAGAGAUCAAGCGCAACGCCAUUAAAAGAGCGAGGUCAAAUUCAUCCCUCGCCGCUGAGAACCUACAACCCGCCAAGCCUGCGAAAGCACCCAGAGUGUCUCGCCGCCAACCAUCCAACAAGACAAUGAUUCCAGACUCCCAAGAUCGAUUGUAA